AUGGGGAGGAGCAGCAGGUCGUCGGCAUCUUCGUCGUCGUCUUCCUCGAAAUGGAGGUAUUGCAACCCUGCUUAUUACCUGAAGCGCCCCAAGAAAUUGGCUCUGCUCUUCCUUGUGUUUGUUUGCGCCAGUUUUCUGGUCUGGGAUCGCCAGACUCUCGUCCGGGAACACGAGGUGGAAGUUGAUAAGUUAAGUGUAGAAGUGCACCAAUUAAAAUUGAUGCUGGAAGAGUUAAAGAGUACUCACGGGGAUGAAGUAAGUUCUGUGAGGGGCAAAUCCUCCAAAGUCACCUCAAAGGUUAUUCCUGACGACCCUGUUGAUAUCAAUAGAAGAGAGAAAGUGAAAGACGCCAUGAUUCAUGCUUGGAGUUCGUAUGAAAAAUAUGCAUGGGGCCAUGAUGAACUUCGGCCGCAGACGAAGAAUGGCGUCGACAGCUUUGGUGGUCUUGGAGCAACAUUAAUAGAUUCUCUUGAUACUUUAUAUAUAAUGGGUCUGGAUGAGCAGUUCCAAAGAGCUAGAGAGUGGGUUGCAACCUCGUUGGAUUUCAACAAGGAUUACGAUGCUAGUGUGUUUGAGACAACCAUAAGAGUCGUAGGUGGCCUACUCAGUGCUUAUGACCUUUCCGGGGACAAAGUUUUCCUUGAGAAGGCUAAGGAUAUUGCUGAUAGAUUGCUGCCUGCAUGGGAUACACCUACUGGCAUACCUUACAACAUUAUCAACCUGGAACAUGGAAAUCCUCAUAACCCUGGUUGGACUGGUGGAUCCAGUAUUCUUGCAGAUUCUGGUACGGAGCAGCUUGAAUUUUUUGCUCUCUCUCAAAGGACAGGAGACCAGAAGUAUCAUCAAAAGGCUGAAAGGGUUAUCCUGGAGCUGAAUAAAACUUUUCCUGCUGAUGGCCUUCUUCCAAUCUAUAUAAGUCCUGAUACGGGAACUGGUUCAAUCGCCACAAUAACCUUUGGUGCAAUGGGUGACAGCUUUUAUGAAUAUCUGCUUAAAGUUUGGAUUCAAGGAAAUAAAACUGGAGCCGUGAAACUUUACAGAGACAUGUGGGAGAAAUCAAUGAAGGGUCUUGUUAGCUUAAUUAGACGAAGUACACCUUCAUCUUUUACCUAUAUUUGUGAGAAAAGUGGUGACUGGUUGACAGAUAAGAUGGAUGAAUUAGCUUGCUUUGCUCCAGGAAUGCUGGCUUUGGGAUCAGCUGGUUAUGAUGAGCCUGCUGAAUCUGAGAGAAUUCUCUCGCUUGCCGAGGAGCUUGCGUGGACUUGUUACAAUUUUUAUCAAUCAACACCAACAAAAUUGGCAGGAGAAAACUACUUCUUCCGAUCUGGACAGGAUAUGAGCGUUGGCACGUCAUGGAACAUCAUGAGGCCAGAAACUGUGGAAUCACUCUUUUACCUCUGGCGUUUAACGGGCAACAAGACAUAUCAGGAGUGGGGUUGGAACAUAUUCCAAGCAUUUGAAAAAAACUCACGCGUUGAGGGUGGUUAUGUUGGACUGAAGGAUGUGAAUACUGGCAUCAAGGACAACAUGAUGCAAAGCUUUUUCCUCGCCGAGACACUCAAGUACCUGUACCUUCUUUUCUCGCCUUCUUCUGUCAUCUCAUUAGACGAAUGGGUCUUCAACACAGAAGCUCACCCGUUGAGAAUUGUGAAGCAUCAAGAUGGGCAGAGUAAUGGGCAGACGGACAAAAUAGCUAGGUCGCGGGGCAGGAAAGAAGGGCAAUGGUGA